AUGUCAAACCGUCCACAAAUGAGCCUGGAGCAUGCACGACAAGAUAUGACAGGUGCCUACCCCAUGCAGGGCCAAAUUCGAGGCGCAUCGCAGCCCAAGCAGUCGCCUCUCGCUGACCUCGGUCGCAAUGGGUCGCAUGUUGAUGUGGGCCUCUCAGGUAUUCAGCGCCGAGAGCAAUCCAUGGGAUUGUCUGGUCUUCCAACCAAUUGCAUAGCAUGGGUCAGGAAAACCGAUAAGGCGACAUCGGAAAGCGGUCUGCUUAGGUUACUUGUGGCCUUCCUAGGAUCUCUCAAAAUUCGCAGCACAUCGACUUUGGGUGGGGUUUAG